ACUUGACUUCGAAUGUAUCAGAAGCCGCGGUCUCCGCUCCUCCGCCCUCACCCUUCCUAAUUAAUUCUGGGGUUCCCAUUAAACCAUGCCCAUUUCAUCGGCCGAUCUCUCCGGCCGUAAUCCCAGUUCCCCACCACUGAUCUUAGAGGAAUUCCAUUCCCUUCAACCCAUCAGCUCCAAUCCCUGUCUCCUCCCUCUUCCUCCCUCAUCGUUUCCUUCUCUCCACGCGGAAUGUAGGGUGUUCUGAUCCUCUUCUUCGAAUUUUUUUGGAUUGAAGUUCCGGUGCUCCGAGGAAUGUCUGUGUAUUAUGUCCAGUGAAUUGGAGUGGUUGCGGACGAGGCUCUUGUUGGAUCAGGUGUUGUUUCUGGAUUUGUUGGAUCAGGGCUUCUUUGUAGUGCUGGUGUUUUUGGUUUCAUUUGUAGCUUCGAGAUAUUGGUUCGUUGAGGAGUAGUGGAGUAGUAUAUUAUAUCAAAACUAGACUACUGUUUCUUCUGAUGUUGUCAUUGUUGUUAGAAGAUGCUGAGAUUGGAUUGUUUGACAGCUUAAGGUCCCUUUUGAUUGCAGAAUGAUAUCAGCGUGAGGACUUGAAAGGAUUCUUUGGUCUGCCAGUGCUCUAUUCCGUAAGGUUUACUUAUCUAGCAUCUUGUCUAAGAAUAGAAGGAGAAUCGCAUUGCAAUUAGACAAUUUGUAAGUAUUGAGUUUUGUCCAAUAAUGAUGACAUAUGUAAAAGUAUAGCUCUGGUCAUUGCUCUUAGAUGUAGGGUUGAAAGGGACCUUUAUAGAGGUGAAUAGUGAUCUUGGUUUUGUGGCACCAGAGAUAUUCUGAGUUGGUUAUCUUGCCGGCACUGAUGGAUUCGGCCAGAAGUUGGUUUCAGAAGUUUCAGCCAAGAGAGAAGGGUGUGACUAAAAAGAGUGAAAUGGGAUUAUUAGAUGGACUGGAUGAUACUGAAGAAUCACCAUCGGAUGCUACGAGGCAAAGGGUGGCUGCUGCCAAGCAAUACAUAGAAAAUCAUUACAAGGAACAGAUGAAAAAUUUGCAGGAACGCAAGGAACGACGUUAUAAUUUGGAGAGGAAACUAGCAGAUGCUGAUGUUUCUGAAGAAGAUCAGCACAAUAUUUUAAAGUAUUUGGAGCAGAAGGAGACAGAAUACAUGCGCCUUCAAAGGCAUAGAAUGGGGGUUGAUGAUUUUGAAUUACUUACAAUGAUAGGAAAAGGUGCUUUUGGGGAGGUCAGAGUCUGUAGGGAGAAAGGAACUGGUAACGUCUAUGCAAUGAAGAAGCUAAAGAAAUCAGAGAUGCUACGUCGAGGACAGGUUGAGCAUGUUAAAGCUGAAAGGAAUCUUCUAGCCGAGGUUGAUAGCAAUUGUAUAGUGAAGCUAUAUUGUUCCUUCCAAGACGAUGACUACCUGUAUCUUAUCAUGGAAUACCUACCUGGUGGGGAUGUGAUGACGUUGCUUAUGCGGAAGGAUAUUCUGAAUGAGGACGAGGCUAGAUUCUAUAUUGGUGAAUCAGUUUUGGCUAUUGAAUCCAUCCAUAUACACAAUUAUAUUCACAGGGAUAUAAAGCCUGAUAAUCUAUUACUCGACAAAUUUGGUCACCUAAAGCUUUCAGAUUUUGGAUUAUGUAAGCCAUUGCACUGCAGUAAUUUUCCAAAUUUACAAGAAAAAGAUAUUACUAAUGGAAGGAGCUGCAGUGGGUCUUCCCACUUUGAUGAACGGUCAUCUUUACCAAAGCGGACACAGCAAGAACAAUUAGAGCACUGGCAAAGAAACAGGCGGACAUUGGCAUACUCUACUGUUGGUACACCUGAUUAUAUUGCUCCAGAAGUCCUACUGAAGAAAGGUUAUGGAAUGGAAUGUGAUUGGUGGUCACUGGGAGCCAUCAUGUUUGAAAUGCUUAUAGGUUAUCCUCCAUUUUAUUCUGAUGAACCUAUGGCAACAUGCAGGAAGAUAGUUAACUGGCGAACACACCUGAAGUUUCCUGAUGAGGCAAAGCUAUCUGCUGAAGCAAAAGAUCUUAUUAGUAAGCUAUUGUGCAAUGUUGAACAACGGCUUGGUACGAAGGGUGCUGAUGAAAUAAAGGCUCACCCUUGGUUUAACGGCAUUGAAUGGGAUAAUCUUUAUCGAAUGGAGGCUGCAUUUAUACCUGAAGUGAAGGAUGAGUUGGAUACUCAAAACUUUGAGAAGUUUGAAGAGUCUGGUGAUCAAGUUCAGAGUUCAUCUAAAUCAGGCCCUUGGAGAAAGAUGCUUUCAUCCAAGGAUUUGAAUUUCAUGGGCUACACAUAUAAGAACUUUGAAAUAGUUAAUGAUCAUGUAGUGCCUGGAAUAGCUGAAUUGAAGAAGAAGGACAAAUUGAAGAGGCCAAGUAUCAAAUCACUUUUUGAGGCAGAAGACCAGCUUGAUGAAUCCAUUAGAGGGAGCUUUGAAAAUGCUUUACCCAGCCAACUGGAACACUCAAAAAGUCAGGGAUCAUCUUCUCCGUAAAUGUCAUUGAUUAAUAUCAGCAAUCAUGGAAGCUCAUCUUUUACACAAGUCACAUUGAUCUCCAAAUGCAUUGUGAUCGAAAUCUAGCAAUCAAGUGCUUCCAAGCAUCAUAAUUCUCUCAGGUGCAACUGCUGCUUAAUCAGAAAUUGCUGCAUGCAGCAAGUUUUUAGGCUGAAGCAGGAACAAGUGAGAGAGUGAAUUCUACUGCUUCGGAGAGAUUGUUCAUGACUGGUCCAGGCUCUUCGUGAUCUCCUUUUUCUUGUAAAGAAUUGCUUUUGUUAUUUCAUAUAUCAUGUCACUCGAAGCUCACAGGAUUCAAACUUAUAACCCUUCAACUGCAGAUAUUGCUUCUUAACCAUCGAGAUAUCUCAUCAGAGAUUGAUAGUCUGUAUUUGAGUCAGAAAAAAAUUGUACAAAACUAGUUAUGGUAUGCGGAAACUGUUCAUCAAUCAUUGUUCUGACAAAGUGGAUGGUCUUUUUUUUCUUGUUUUUGACAGUAUCACUUGUGGAUUGAUGGAGGUUGCUGCAUGGAUGCUGCAAGUCAUGUCUGUUUGCAGUCUGAAGAAUAAAAUUCUGGGAAUCUGAAACUCCUAGGUAAUUUUAAUCUUGGAGAUGCUAAU